UUUGCAAAUUUAAAUCCCAAAGUGAAACUAGAAAAAAUUCUUGUUUUUAUAACAUUCUUAGUGAUAAAAGGACGUCCAUGAUGUGAUACAUUUGUUACUACAAGUUAUAUUUUGACCUCUGACAAUGGCGGAGUACGCCAUUAGUGGUGUAAAGGUUAAGUUUCCUUACAAACCGUACCCAAGUCAAUUUACAAUGAUGGACAAGGUCAUUAAAUGUAUUGAAAGAAGACAACAUUCCCUGCUGGAGAGCCCUACAGGAUCCGGGAAGAGUUUAGCUCUACUUUGUUCCAGCUUAGCCUGGUUGACGGUUGAGAAAGAGAAAAUAAAGAAAGAACGAGAAGAGUUUCAAAGAUUGUUUCAUCUUCAACAAUUGCGAAGAAACAAACAACAAACACAAGAUGAUGAUGCAAAGCUCUAUUGUUCAUGUGAUAACUUGGGUGUAAAGGAAGAGCAAAAGCCUGAUAUGAAAGUGAAAAUUGAGCAACUGAACCAGUUAGGUGAUGUUACGCCGAAAACUGAACCCAACCUGGGAAUUGAUCCUGAUGAAGCAAUCGACCAGAAACCGAUGAAAGCAGAAAUUAAAGCUGAAUCGACGAAUGUGGAUGUGAAAAAAGAUGGUGAAGCUUCUGGUGGAAGUGAGGUGCAAAGUUCAGAAGCGGAAGAUCUAAAGAACGAUGUUCAAAUGGAGGAUGAUAUUGAUCACACUGAUGAAGAUACGGACUUUGAAGCACCGAAAAAGCGGUUUAGAACACCAGGAGGACAGACACCCAGGGCAAAGAAACCGAGGAAGCAGUGCGACGGGGAAGCGCCGUUUAAUGGAUCAGAGGAUACUUCUGUUGAGUACUCGCCCAGGAACGAGGCUGGAGACGUCACUGAUGACGAUAUACAGUUGUUACAGGCGCAAUUAAGAUCACUGCGAUCAGCUCCAAAGAUCUUAUUUGGGACAAGAACCCACAAACAGAUUGGUCAGAUCGUUCGGGAGCUGAACAAAACAGAGUACAAGAAAACGAAAAUGUGUAUCCUUGCCAGCCGUCAGCACACCUGCAUUCAUCCAUACGUAUCCGCAGCGCAGAAUAAGAACGAGGAAUGUCGAAAGUCGAUUGAAAAUAAAGAGGGCAAGUCGUGUUCAUUCUUCGCGCGUGCGCGGUACGUGAAACACCAGGACGAUCUUGAAGAUUAUGGCUUCACAGAAGCAUGGGAUCUGACGGAACUGGUCGAGCUUGGGGAGAAAUUAGAGGGCUGUCCAUACUAUAUGACGCGUGAGCUGAAACAAAGCUCGGACAUAAUAUUUUGUCCUUACAACUACCUGAUUGAUCCGUGCAUCAGAAAGCAGAUGGAUAUCACGUUGUUAGAUCAGGUUGUAAUACUUGAUGAAGCACACAAUAUUGAGGAUGUUUGUCGUGAGGCGGCCACCUGGUCUGUCUCGACUCAAAACCUUGAUGAAGCUAUGUUGGACCUCGACUUUUUAGUUUCUAGGAACACCCACAAAGAACAACACCAAGUCUUUCAUCAAGUGUGUGCAGCAAUGAGACGAUGGAUCGAUGAGAAAUCCGAACAUCAAACAGCUUUUAACGAUGCCACAAAAAGGUCGAAGAUUUGGGAAGGCGAAGAUCUAAAACAAGCGUUGGAAAAUUUGGGUUUCACUCCUGCAACUGUUCGUGCGUUAGAGCAACAUCUGAGGAAGUUGGGGGAAACGUCAGAUUCGUUGAAGGAAAAACACAAGAAGGAACGCACUACAAUGCACGCCCCAACAGCAACACUAGUCGAAAAAUUAAUGAUGGUCCUGUCUUUUAUAAUGGAUGAAGAUUACAAGCAUUUACCAGAAUACAGAAUGGCCAUCACCAAAGAUUACGUCGAAGUACCGAGGGUUUUGCCCAAUGGUUUCAGACGAGCUCGUGACUUUGACAGGAAAUGGAUCUGUACUUUGAACUUCUGGUGUCUAAGUCCUGCUGUGGUAUUUUCUGAAAUCGGCCGUUUUUCACGGAGCGUCAUAUUAACCUCGGGCACACUGUCACCGAUGUCGACAUUUUCCUCAGAACUUGAUUGUCAAUUUCCCAUCAAACUCGAAGCUAACCAUGUCAUCGGUAGCUCCCAGGUAUGGGCAAGCAGUGUUUCUACUGGACCAUCUGGUGCUCUUGUGAAUGCAACGUUUCGUCAAUCCCAGACUUUUGAAUUCCAAGACGAAGUUGGUGAAGCAAUUUGCAAAGUCUGUGAGGUUGUUCCCUAUGGAGUGCUAUGUUUCUUCCCUUCAUACAGUAUGUUGGAUAAACUGACGACGAGGUGGCAGAUGACAGGACUUUGGCUCCGUCUAAGCCGUUUAAAAAGAACGUUCUUGGAGCCCAGAAAGGGGGGAAAAACAGAUUUUAAUAACAUGAUGAAUGACUUUUACGAAUGUAUCAAGCACUCUGAGGAAACAGAUGGCAGUGGCGCGUUGUUCCUCGCUGUUUGUCGUGGCAAAGUCAGCGAAGGUCUGGAUUUUGCUGACAAUAAUGCACGCGCUGUCAUCACUGUUGGUAUACCGUUUCCAAACGUUAAAGAUAUACAGGUUGAACUAAAGCGCAGCUACAACAAUCGACAUUCUUCUCAGAAAGGACUCCUGGAUGGCUCAGAAUGGUACGAAACUCAAGCUUACCGUGCACUCAAUCAGGCGCUGGGUCGCUGUAUACGUCACAGGAAUGACUGGGGAGCACUUAUUUUAAUCGACGACAGAUUUGGCAAAUCACCGAAAUAUCACAAGGGUUUAUCAAAGUGGAUACGUGGUCGAGUUGUUCAUCAUGAUAACUUCCACGUUCUUCUCUCCUCACUCAAGAAAUUCGCCCAAGCUCGACUGGAGAGUCCUUGUCCUAACAAUACCAUGAUCCAAACACCCCCGGGGGCACCGAAAAGAGACCUGAAUGCAAUCAAAUGCAGCCAAGACUCAUCAUUAUCCAUGGACAGCAGCUCACCCUGCUCCCAGAGUACAUCCCAGGAUGACGUUAAAUGUUCCACAACAGCCACACCUAUCCCAAAUCAUCCCCAAUCAUCAACACAGGUCACAUCUAGCACGCCGAUAGCUGGUCGUGGUUUAGUACCAAAGUUGCUGAAUUUAACUGAUAACCCGCAAACUAUCAUCUACCCGCAGCAAGUGGUCAACCCUCAGCCCGUGGGUAACCACCCUGAACCUGUCAACAACCCGCGACAAAUGGGUAAUAUCCAACCUGCAACUCACCCGCAACCUUUUAUUAAUCCCCUUAUAGGGAACAACCCGCAAAUGCCCGGUAUUCCACAACCACUAGCCCGAGAAAACAAGCCUGUUCUUGUACGAUUUGUCUCUCCGAGUGGUCAACCUGUUCAACAUGUCCUUUUCUCAGAGCAACAACUGAAAUUGCUGACGCAACAGAUGGCUAAUGGGGGACAGCAGGUGAUGCCUAAGGCUGCUGGAAUGGUACAGUUAGCUGGUGUCGAUCAAGGGAUAACGUUGAACAUGGCUGGGCAACCUGGGCUAAACUCGAUAGGUCAGCUAGGAUUUCAGAGUACUUCAAGGGAACAAUGUGUACCACAAAAAGAUUCUAGUGGACAAUGCGGUACUCCAGGUGUUGUGCGUGUUAAGGAAGAGCCAAAGAGUCCCUCAAAUGAGGUACAAGCACAGUCUUCCAGUUCGGGUACCCCUGGGGUGAAUCCGGGUUUAAGCAGGACUCAAGGGAACAGAAUGCAAAGAAGACCAUUAUUCUCAUCAAAUAAUUCAGAAUUGAAUCAUUCCUCCGGAGAUUCUCUGACAAGACCGAACAAUGAUAUGUGUGGGGCAGGAAAACCCAGUGACGAGGGGUUGAGUGCGCCCCCUGAUUCCCCCUUGCUGUUUUGUUCACCACCGACCUCGCUGGAAAGGGAGGAUGGUGUACCAUUGGGUACAACAGGGACUGAAGGUGCUUUAGCGGGAAAUAUCAUGGCAGGAGUGUUGGGGGAAAAUGCUGGAUCCAAAGACAUAGAAAAACGUGAAAAAUUGGACGGUUCUGCUGAAACUGACAAUUUAGAUGAAAUCACCUGGAAUGUGAACUGCAAGGAAUGUGGUGCGACUUUCUACUCCAGUAGGAGAGGUGAUCCAGAUGACCACGUACCUCAAAAAAUGCGUGUUCCGGGGAAAACUUCGCUCGGAGGAGUUUUGAACAGUGCCUUUUCCUUGAAAAAAGGCACAAGGAAAAAGAAAUCAUCCACGUUGGAAACAAUUCGUGUUCCUGACACAUGUUGCUUGGAACUGAUUCCUGAUGUUAAAAAAGGAAAUGUUGCACAAAGAAACGCUUUUUAUUGCAAGGAAGACUCGUUGUGUUUCAUACCGUUGAUAUGUCAGCAAUGUAAGGAUAUUUGCUCUAUGAAAGCUUACGUUAUUGCCGUGAGAGCAAUACCUUGUGGGACUGGUAACGAUGACCGCAAGUCAAUGGUUUGGUUUGAUCAUGAGAAUGUUGAUCUGAAUCAAAUGUGACAAAUCCAGAGAGAUUGUAUUAUAAUGAAAAUAUAUUAUAUAUUAUGUAAAGAAAGGCAGAAUAUGUGAAUUGAGUUCUGUGACGGUCCAAGGAAAAUUGGAAUUAUUCGCUACACCUCUAACUUGCAAUCAUAUUUGGUAGAUUUUUUAAAAUUUUAAUUUGUAAUUAAACCGUGUAAUUUCUUCUGAAUUCCCCUGUAUCCGACACUAAUUUGAGUUAUGUUGUGCGUCCUAACUCCUAAUGGUCCUAUACAGAUUGUUAGAGCAACGCUAGAAUCAGAACUUACGUGAUUCCUAAUAUAACUGACAUUAAAAUCAGAACUAAUGAAUAUUAAAAUGAAUAAAAUCAGAACU